AAAAUGUUCCAAUCUGAUUUUUAAAAUAAUAAUUAAAAAAAAAUGUCAAACACUGGAAGAGAAGUGGGGAGGAGCUCAGCGUCCUGUUCGCUCGCGGGAUUUGAAUUUUAAUUUUUUAAAUCUCUCUCUUUGUGCCAUUGGGUUGAGGAAGCAACUUAUCAAGCUUGAUUGAGUAGGCAUACAAGGGAAUUCUAUUGUUUUAGCAUUUACUCUGAUCUGAUUGAAUAUGGGUGAGGAAGAAACAAAGAGUGAAGUUCCUGAGGUGGCAGCAAAUGGGACAACUAACCCGGUGGAGAAACCAGUAGAAUUUGUGGGUGAGAAAAAAGAGAUUAAGGAAGACAGAGGAGUCAAACAAGUGGAAAAAGAUACAAAAGAUGAUGGAGUGAAAGAAAUGGAAGAAGAUGCUGAAGGUGAUGGAGUUAAAGAAUUGGAAGAAGAUAAGAAAAUGGAUGGAGUGAAUGACACUGAAGAAAAUAAGAAAGCUGAUGCGGGGAAAGAAAUGGAGGAAGAUAAGAAAGAUGCUGCGAAAACUGAUGAGAAAGUUGAAACUGAAAAAAUGGAGGAAGACCCAGAAGUCAAGGAAGAGGCCGAACAAAAAUUGGACAAAGGAAGUGAGGAACCAAAAACUGAAGCUAUCAAAGAAGAAAAUGAGGAGAAUGAUGAAAAGAAUGGUGAGCAAGAGGAGGUAAAUGAGAAGGCUGUUGAGGCAAAGGAGAAAGACCAUAAGAAAGAAGAAAGUAAAAUGUUGAAAGAGUCAACAAAGCUUGGGAAAGAGAAGAGUGAGUCGAAAGUUAAAGGAAAGAAGUCAAAGUUAGUAGAUGUUAAGGAGCCUGAGCAAAGGACUCCUGUUACUGAUCGCCCCGUGCGGGAGCGGAAAUCUGUUGAAAGGCUUGUGGCCUCCAUUGAGAAAGAUGUUGUAAAGGAAUUCCAAAUUGCAAAGGGACGUGGUACCCCAUUGAAAGAUAUUCCUAAUGUGGCGUUUAAAUUAUCUCGAAGGAAAACUGAUGACACCUUCAGACUGCUUCAUACAAUUCUCUUUGGAAGAAGGGGAAAGGCAUUUCAGGUGAAAAGCAACAUAUCUCGAUUUUCUGGCUUUGUGUGGCAUGAAAAUGAGGAAAAGCAAAAGAUUAAAGUGAAAGAAAAAUUCGACAAGUGUAACAAAGAGAAGUUGCUGGAAUUAUGUGAUGUGCUAGACAUUCCAAUUUCCAAGAACACUAGGAGGAAGGAAGAUAUUGUCACAAGUCUGAUAGACUUUUUGUUGGCUCCCCAUGCCACAACUACAGAGCUGCUUGCUGAGAAAGAGUCAAGAGCAAGCAAGAAGCGCAAGCGGGCAGGCAAACAAAAUUCAACAUCUGGGAGCACACCUUUGAAACGUUCAGCAAAGAGUCGAAGAAAGACUGAAGAUGCUUCAAAGAAGAAGGGUACUGAUUCUGAGGAGUCUGAUGAAGAGGAGGAGGAGGAAAAAGAAGAAGAAUCUGAAGAAGAGGAAAAAGAAGAAGAAAAUGGUGUUCCCGAGCCUUCUGAUGAUGAGAUGCCUGAGCCUUCUGAAAGUGAGGACAAAAGUGAGUCCGAGGAAGAAUCUGAAGAAGAUGUGAGGAAACGCAAACGAAGUUCAAAGACCACUACUAAAAAGAAGCAAUCUGCUGGAAAGGCUAGUACCAAGAAAAUCGCAGUUACUGGCAAGUCCAGUCCACCACUGAAAAGAACACCAAAGAAUGCACCAUCUAAGCGAUCUAAGGCUGAUGAAGACAGUGAUAUUAGCCCGAAGGUAUUCUCAAGAAAGAGGAAAAAUGAGAAGGUAACAACGGAAAAGGCUUCAACUCCAACAAAAAGUACACCAAAGGAAAAACCUGGAAGAAAAGCUUCAAAAGGUAAGGAAAAAGCCAAGGAGGAGGAAUUGAGGCCAAGUGAUGAGGAUUUGAGGGAUGCAAUAUGUGAAAUUCUGAAGGAAGUGGACUUCAAUACAGCUACCUUCACUGACAUUCUGAAACAACUUGCUCAACGAUUUGACAUGGAUCUCACUCCUAGGAAGUCAUCUAUAAAGCUGAUGAUCCAAGAAGAGCUCACCAAACUAGCUGAUGAGGCAGGUGAUGAAGAUGGGGAAGGUGAUACCGAGAAAGGUGAAACCCAGUCCACCGGCCAAGAGGUUGAAGCCUGAUCAGUGAUGACAUGACUGCAUGGAAAUAUUGUAGCUAUGUAUGCCUUUUGGUCCCUCUUUUGAAUUUAGUUGUACCUGAAUGUAAUGUUUAGUCUGUUCUAAGCUGGCUGUAAUUUAUAAUUAGUAUUAAUUUGCUGGGGAUAAAGCUAGAGAUUAGUGGAAACUAGAGGAGAUGGCACUACUCAAAAGCCCUUGUGUGCUGCGGAAUUGCUGCAUGUUGUGUACACAAUAACAUAAUCUGUAGGAAUUAUAACUGACCUUUUGUGGAGUAUAAAACUUAGACAUUCAAUCUUGUUUUUUA